CGUCGAGGCGCGAAAAAUUACACGGCAAAACGGUCAUUUACUGUCCUAAAAUGCCAAAAAAUAAAGGAAGGACAUCCAAAAGAUUGAACGGUAGAUAGGUACAUAAGUUAUUUUAGUAGCUUUAUCGAUAAAGUUAUAGAUAUAAGAGUAGGUACGUACACACCUAUUGGUUGAUAAGAAAAUUACAAAAUAAAAUGCUCUGUGUUUAGGUGACGUGUAUACCAACUCAAAAGCUGAACUAUGAAUAUCAUAACAGUGAAUUUACAAUUAUUACUAAUUUUGUCUGUAUUACAUACUGUAUUUGGUAUAUAUUUUUACAUUGGGGAAACGGAACGAAAAUGUUUCAUUGAGGAUGUUCCUAAGGAUACACAUAUUGUAGUAAACUACAAAGUUGAAUUGCAUGAUCCCCAAAAUGAUGGAAAUGCAAUAUCUUCAUUGCAAAUUGGAAUGCAGGUUGAUGUUAAUGAUCCGGAGUCAAAAAUACUAUUGUCACGAGUGUAUAGUUUAGAAGGUCGCAUAUCAUUUACAUCUCAAAAAAAUGGCGAGCAUGCAAUUUGUAUGAACUCGAACAGUACUGCUUGGUUUAGUGGUGCACAAUUGAAAGUGAAUCUUCAUAUUCAAGUUGGCGAACACGACUACGCGGAAAUGGUGAAGAAAGAGAAUUUAUCUGACCUUCAGUUACGAAUUCGUCAGUUACUAGAUCAAGUGGAGCAAAUAUCUAAAGAACAAGAAUAUCAAAGGGAUAAAGAAGAACUUUUCCGAUUUAUCAGCGAAUGGACAAAUUCUUCCGUAUUUUGGUGGUCAUUGGUGCAAAUAGUAAUUUUAUUAAUAAUGGGUGCAUGGCAAAUGCGGCAUUUGAAAAAAUUUUUUGUAGCAAAGAAGAUCGUUUGAUUCGUUUCAUAUAUACUCGUAUUUACAUGUAUACCUUAAACCCAUUUAUUAUCUGUAAAUGUUAACGAAUUAAUCAAUCCCAAUCAAUGGCUCUUAAAAUAAAAAUCAUGAAAUAGUUAUUUAUAUAACAAGAGCGCGAAGUUCAAUUUCGCGCAUUGAGA